GGAAAAAUGACCACUCUCACACGACAGGACCUUAACUUUGGGCAAGUUGUUGCAGAUGUUCUUUCAGAAUUUCUGGAAGUGGCUGUUCACCUUAUCUUAUACGUCAGAGAAGUUUACCCUAUUGGGAUCUUUCAGAAGAGGAAAAAAUACAAUGUACCUGUCCAGAUGUCCUGCCAUCCAGAGCUGAACCAGUACAUCCAGGACACGCUGCACUGUGUAAAGCCUCUGCUUGAGAAGAAUGAUGUGGAGAAAGUCGUGGUUGUAAUCCUGGACAAAGAGCACCACCCCGUGGAGAGAUUUGUCUUUGAGAUCACCCAGCCACCUCUUCUUUCCAUCAGUUCAGAGUCCCUGCUGUCCCAUGUGGAGCAGCUACUGCGUGCCUUCAUCUUGAAGAUCAGCGUGUGUGAUGCUGUGCUUGACAACAACCCCCCAGGCUGUACCUUCACAGUUCUGGUUCACACACGGGAGGCAGCCACACGGAACAUGGAGAAGAUCCAGGUGAUAAAGGAUUUCCCGUGGAUCCUUGCUGAUGAGCAAGAUGUGCACAUGCAUGACCCCCGGCUUAUUCCCCUGAAAACCAUGACAUCUGAUAUCCUAAAGAUGCAGCUGUAUGUAGAAGAGCGAGCCCACAAAGGCACCUGAUUUCAUAUCUUGCCUUCAGUCCUCAUCUGAUCUUCCAGUGGAGUAAGAGAUCUCACAAAGCAUACGUUGAUACCCGCCUCUUCAGCUGGCCUGCUGGGUGAAUGUAGAGCAGCUGCUGCCUCUUGAUUUCAAGUGCUCUUACCACUGUAUAUAGAACUGACUUGGAAUGUGGAGCCAGAGCCUGUCCCCGUGCGCGCUCAGGUGUGAGUACAGGUUUGGUUGGGGUGAACCCCUGGGGCAGGAUCCAGGCAACUGCAGUCGGCGCUUCGUGCGGCUCCAGUUCUCACCCCAGCAGGGCAGCUCCACUGUGCAGCAGCAGCGAGACGCAGCCAUCUGCUGCCUGCUCCACCAGAGCAAUGGGCUGGAACCAGGGGUGAGAGAAGCCUUACGUAGUGUCUGUCCACUGUGACU